AUGCGUGUAAAUGCUGAAGAAAAACAAUGUGUAAAAGUGCUUAAGAGAAUGUUGGGCGAAGAUGUAUUUGCUAAUUACGGCAUCAUUGUUAUCACAAAAGGUGAUGCAUGCAAGGAGAAUUGUGACACACCAAUACGUAAAUGGCUAAAAUCAGAGGAAUUCUUUAAAGUUCUUCUAAAAGAAUGUGGGGAAAGAUGUGUUUUAUUUGAAAACAAAACGGCAGACCCAAUAGUUAAAAUAGAACAGAGAGUCCUAUUAUUUCAUUAUAUUGACAAACUAGGAGGCAAAGUUUUCAGCAGUGGAUUAUUUGAACUAGCAAAGAAAACACGUUCUAACUUGCUCAUAAAGAAAGGCUUUUCAGAAAACGAAGAUAAUACCUUUCGAACAAACUGCGAUGAAAUAGAGCACGGGAUGUACUCAACAUUAGGAAAGUCAUUCACAAAACAAGAGCCAAGUGUUGGACACCUAAUCCAGUGCUUGCAUGAAGUAUUGAAAGACAUUUGUCACAUAGAUCAUUUGGUUGCUUUAGACGUUGAGAAGGAAAACUGUUUUCCUAAAGGCUCUUCUGUUCUCCUUGAAAACGGACGAAAAGAGAUAGUAGAGAAUCUCUCGCCAGGGAUUGAAGUAUUAACAUUCGAUAAGAAAAAGAGUUUAGUCUAUGCUGAGAUCUACAUGUUUGGACAUAAACAAGGAAACACCGUGUCGAAAUUUGUCGUCAUCCACACAGAGUCACAUCAAAUAAGUAUUUCACCUGAGCAUCUAAUUCUCUGUAAGAAAAACGACAUGAAAAGUUUUGUCGCCGCCAAAACUGUCAAAGUCGGAGAUGAAAUUCUAACAAAAUCUGAGCAGGGGUUUGUCUGGUCAAGCGUGGCUGACGUCACCUACAGUGUGGACAGAGGUCUGUACGCACCUUUCACCAAAAGCGGCACCAUUGUGGUGGACGGUGUCGUGGCCUCCUGCUACAUCGAUGUGCUGCUACAUGACGUGUGUCACAGGAUGGUGUCACCAAUCAGAUGUUUGUACCGUGUGUCACCAUCUCUGGUGAGACGUGACUGUGGUGUGUCCGACACACAGCCGGUACCAAAUAUAGCUCGCCUGGCGUUAACAGUGUUAGGGUACGGUUAGAAGAUCACUAAGGAA